AUGAAAAGGGAAAACUUGUACCUUGGCAUGUUCUCAUUGCUUCCGUGUUUGAGAAAGGUGGAAAGAGAUACUGAUAAUGGAUCAUCAUUCUUGAAGAAUGGAAGCAUGUUAUUAGAGAAUCUCAUUGCUUCUUGUGGUGCCAAAUUUACUAAUCCUAUUCGCACUUACUCUGCUGAUGAGCUUAUCAGGGCAACCAACAACUUUGAUCCUUCUUGUAGUAUAGAUGAUGGUAGAAAUUACCAAAUGUUCAGGGGUUUUCUAGAUGACCGGUCAAUUGUCGUUAAGAAGUUCAUGUGGGAGAAUUAUGAGGAUGAAGCUAGGUCCCCUGCUAUUUGUGACAUUAUCAUUUCAAUGCAGGUGAGCAACCAUAACAAUGUUUUGAAACUCUUGGGUUGUUGCUUGUUCCCUGUACCAGCUCUGGUGCAUGAAAAUGCAGCAAAAGGUGUUCUCAACAGUCGAGGAGGUUUGGGGCCUAACGAUCAAUCCUUGUUACCAUGGAAAACUAGACUGCAUAUUGCAAAGCAGUUGGCUAAUGUUCUCACAUAUCUCCAUACUGCAUUUCCCAGACCCAUCAUCCAUAGGAGUCUAACACCCAGCUGUAUUUUCUUGGACCAUGACUUUGUUCCAAAACUCAGCAACUUUUCAUUAUCUAUAACCAUUCCUCGGGAUGUUACAACUGAAGUGCAAGGGACACUGGGGUACUUGGACCCUGCCUACCUGAUGUAUGUCCACAUUUCAGAGAAAACUGAUGUUUAUGGCUUGGGAAUGCUUUUACUUGUAUUCUUGACGGGACAAAGAGAAGCUCUGAAAUUUUAUCUCCCAAAAGGAGACGAACAAAAUAUUCCAAGUGCUAGCGCCAGUGAUGGUCAAAUUCAGGAAACUGUGGAUCCUAAAAUCUUUGAGGAGGUGGGGGAAGAUGAGAAAGCUCGACAACACUUACAUGAUUUCACAGCACUGGCAUUGUUAUGCACCCGAUACAGAAGUGAAUUACGGCCAGAUAGGAUCGAUGUGGCAAAGGAACUCAUUCGAAUUGAGAAGUCUAUGUUUCCAUAGCUAGCUAAUUUAUUCGCUUCCCACCCAUUGAAAAAUUCAUGGUUCCAUCCUUGCACACCAUCAUAUCUAAUUGACAUAACAGGCAUCUGCAUGUACGUCUCCAAUAUUGGUUGAAAAUUUUUAAUGGUGGCAUGACUCAAUCGAUCAUUA